UAUAUACCGGCUCAAUACUGUUUGUUUGUAGACACAUGAGCCAAGCAGCAGCCUAGGGAAGGGAAGAAAGAAAAGGGAUCGACCGACCGGAUCGGAGCCGCACCUCGCUUCUUGCCGUUCGGAUCGGAGCACCAUGUCGGAGGGCACGGCGAACUGCAUCGACAUCAUCAUCGCCAUCAUCCUCCCCCCGCUCGGCGUCUUCCUCAAGUUCGGCUGCAAGCUCGAGUUCUGGAUCUGCCUCCUGCUCACCUUCCUCGGCUACCUCCCGGGGAUCAUCUACGCUGUCUACGCCAUCACCAAAUAGUAGUAUGAACAGGACAGAAACAGUUCAGCCCGGAGGAACUGGAGCCUGAAGAUGUGCUGUGCCGUUUGGAGAUUUACCAGUUGUCCAACUACCACCGACCGAGCUUUCCUGUUCGUGUUAUGUAUGUACAGUAUAUAUGACUGUAUGUAGCCUGUGAAAGUUUCAUCCGAAACCGUAGCAAACCGAUUUACGAACCCCAGUCCAUCUUGUAUUCUUGUUGUUUCAGCUGAACUUGUAGUAGUAUCGUUCUGCGAGAUGAGUA